GAGAAGCUGCCAUGUCCCAGGAUUGCAACGAUGAGUGGGAGCUGUACAAAGAGAAUGUGCAGCCCCUCCGUCAGGGGCGGGUCAUGGCCACCCUUCAGGAAGCCCUGGCUCAGCAGGAGGCUUCUACCCACACUGCUCUUCAGCUCAAAAAACAGGAAUUUGAAUCAGAAAUCCGAUUUUACUCUGGAGAUGAUCCCCUGGAUGUCUGGGACCGGUACAUCAAGUGGACAGAGCAGACGUUCCCCCAGGGUGGAAAGGAGAGCAAUCUUGCUGCAAUCCUGGAAAGGGCAGUGAAAACCUUCUAUGAGCAGCAGAGAUACUACAAAGAUCCUCGCUUUCUUAACCUCUGGCUCAAGUUUGCAAACUGUUGUACUGAGCCCUUGGACGUGUACAGUUAUCUACAUAGCCAGGAGAUUGGCACAACCCUGGCACUGCUCUACAUCACCUGGGCAGAAGUACUUGAGGCUAGAGGAAGUUUUAAGAAGGCAGAUCUGAUAUUGCAGGAAGGUCUUCAGCGCAAGGCUGAGCCUUUGGACAGACUCCAGUCCCAUCACAGGCAGUUUCAGACCCGUGUUUCUCGUCAGACGCUGCUGGGGCUUGAGGAAACUCCUGAUGAUAAGGACACAGAUCUUUUGGAAGCUGCAGAACCCCAGAGAAGCUCCUUGGCAGAUUUGAAAGGCAGGGGCAAGAAAAAAGUGAAAGCCCCAGUUAGUCGUGUAGGAGAUGCACUGAAACCCGUGAGUCAAACCAGAAGCACCCAGGCUCUAACUUCUCAGCAGCCUUCAAGUAAUCCUGGUUUUGCUGUGUUUGAUGAAAAUUCAGCUUCUGGACCUGAGAUUCCUGUGAUUACACCACAGCCCUGGGCAGCACCUCCAGUUCCCAGGGCCAAGGAGAAUGAACUAAGUGCAGGACCAUGGAACUCUGGCAGGCGUCCUCGCAGUGGGGCAAGGUCUGCUGUUGAAGUGCCCUACCAGCAGCCCAAUUUCACCUUGUAUGUGGAUGAGUCAGCUCAGCAGCAAAUCAUGACUCCUUGCAAAAUUGAACCCAGCAUAAACCAUGUCUUGAGUGCUCGCAAACCUGAGAAAGAGGAGGACCCACUCCAGAGAGUGCAAAAUCAGCAGCAGGACAUUCAAGAAAAGAAAGAGGUGGUGAUGUACUGUAAAGAGAGAGUUUAUGCUGGGGUUGAUGAAUUCUCUUUUGAAGAGAUCCGAGCUGAAAUCUACAGAAAAAGAGCAAGACUGAAAGCUGAAGAGGAGAUGCAGGCCAUAGCUCAGAAGAAGGAGGAAUUACAAAGGAAAAUUGGGGAGAUGGAGAAGAAAUUAAAGAAAAUAAUCACUGAGUGGCAACCACUACCUGAACAGGCAGCAGCACUGCUAACGGGAGUUUUUACACUGCCUUUGGAACUGCAAAGAGUUACUCCUUCCAAUACAACAGAAGUUGAGGACAAACAGUCCCAGAUGAAAAGUGAAGUCCAGGUCUUUGAAGAUAUUCAGCUACAUAAAACAUCUUCUGAGGCUCUCUCUUACCCACCUGGUCCUGAGACGCCUUUUGCCGUAUUUGAUGAAUGCUCCACUUUGGAAAAUCAGAGUAUAAGUUGUUCUGCAGAUCACACAAGGGGAAGUGCCCGGCACCCCCUCGCCGUUCGUAAACCUUCGGAAUCUCGCACUGCAAAGGAAAACGUUCCACCAGAAGCCUGUGAAGAACUGAAUGCAGUUGAAUCUCUGACUGAAGAUGCAGUAGUGACAGGCUCCUACAAGUACAAAAGCUUUUGUGCCAACCUGGAAGACACGUGUGACUUUGUUAGGGCUGCCCAUCUGGCCUCGACGCCAUUUCAUGGGGUGGCAGCGCAGAGAAUCCCAGCUCCUCUUUCGCAGAGCGACCUGAAGGAAGACAGCCCAGAAUCUAUAAGUGUGCCUCUGAGUCAGGUCACACCAGUUUGUGAGGCUCUCUGCAUAAAUAAGCUGAGCCCCAUCAUGGAAGCAAGCCUGGAAGAUACUCACUCAACAGGUUCUUCUGUCUCCUCGGGAUCCUCUCUUUCCUCUGUUACACAAACAUCCACCAUUAAAUACCUGCCUAUCUCUGAGAAACUGGAACUUGCCCAGAGCAUGCCUGCUGAUUCUGGAGGUAUCAGUGAAAAUAUUACUGGUGAUGUAACUCAGUUCUUGUGGAGUGCUGAACAACGUAUGAAGCUGUUAGAUCCUCUGCCAGCACUGCUGGCUGCUGCUCCAAAUUUUCAUCUGAAGACUGGUGUUCUGCCUGCCAUGGAGGUGAAGGAUAUUGAGCUUGGAAAUGAGACUUACUGUGUCAAAAGGGAGUACUGGACCAGUGAAGAGUACAAGAUGGUUUUUGCUGUUCCAGCUGAUUCUUGCCUGCUGCUUACAAAGGGAUUUGUCAUAAAGGUGUAUUCUCAGCCCGUGCCUUGGGAUUUUUAUGUCACACUUGAGUUACAGAGGCGUCUGAAUGCUGAUUUUGACCAAAACUUCAGUGAGAACUGCAGCUGCUUCUUGUAUCAGGAUGGCUGUGCCCUUCUACACACUGGCAUCAACUGCUUCACACUUGGGGAUGUUAUUCCUGUCCACAAGUCUCUCACGGAGGAAGUUAUCCUGUUGGUUGUUCAUGAUCUUCUUCUUGUGGUAGAGAAACUCCACAAAGCAGAGAUUGUCCAUGGAGAUCUCAGGCCAGAGGUGUUCUUUCUGGGAGACAGGGUCUGUGAUCCCUUUGGUAGUAAUAUCUCAAAAGCUCUGAAGAUAGUGGAUUUCUCUCACAGCCUGGAUUUGAGAUUGCAGUCUCGCGUAAGUUUGCCAAACAGCUUUCCCAUAGCUCAGACCCCUCAUGGACAGCAGCUUCUGGCAGAGAGUUCUCCUCCAUAUCAGGUUGACCUGGUUGGCAUUGCAGAUAUAAUCCAUUUGCUGUUGUUUGGGGAUCACAUCCAGGUUUAUCAAGAGAAUUCUCUCUGGAAAAUCAGCCAAAAUACAUCCAAGGCUCUUGACAAUGAUUUCUGGAGUAAACUUCUGGGGAGAAUUCUGAAUGCAGAUGGUAAGUCCACAGUGCCUCUGCUGAAGGAACUAAGAGAGGAAAUAAGUGACAUGUUUGACAGCUCCUAUGAAGAACGUCUUAUUUACUCCUUAAUGUCACUGGGACAAACUCUGCUCGUGGAGGACUUCCUGUGA